CCACUGGUAAUCUAUCCCAUGGAAUAUUGUUUUACUGCAGGUUUUGGUGUUUUAUUUUUAUCUUUUGUAAAGCAUCUUUGGGUUCUUGGGUGAAAAGCGUUUAACUUAAAUGCAUUAUUAUUAUUACUAUUAUUAUUAUUGUUAAUAAUAACAAUAAUAAUCGUGUGUUUGCAAUAUGACUACUGUAUCACUACUUUACUAAAUCAGUUCUGAACUCUACAAUUAAUUUGAAUUUUAGACCGCUAUGUGUCUUUGGAGUGAGCAUGUGAGGGAGUGAGGUUGUGCCAAGAUAUAAUCACUCAUAGAAUACAGAUCUCGAACUAACUGUAUAAUAUUAAAUAUAUAAUGAUCUGUUAUCACUGGGAGCAUAUACGUCAUCUGAAAUCCAGCGUUGGAAUGCUCUUCCGCAUGUGGCUUUUAUUUUGAUAUAGUAUAGUAAAUAAAUAAACUUCCGGUGAUAAAGUUUCAUAUCGACAACAAGUAUCGAGUGUUUUUCCCAAGCAUUUUAGCCAUUUUGUGUUCAAAUUCAUUGGUUUUAAAGCAGCAGUAAGGAGUUUUGGUCUAAAACUAGCUAUCUAAACUGCAUGCAAACUGAAAAGAUGGCAUCAGCCCUGUUGGAGCAGAUCCUGUGUCCCGUGUGCUUGUGUGAGUUCAGCGAUCCUGUUAGCCUACGUUGUCAGCACACCUUUUGCAGGGAGUGCAUCAGGGCUCACCUGGCAGCCAGUGGUGGCUCCGGUCAGUGCCCAGAGUGCAGACACCCCUUCAUCCGGAAACACAUUAAAGCCAACCGCACACUGAGGAACGUGGUGGGCGCUGCUAGAGAGCAGCUGCUGGAGCAGAAGACGCUGGAGGAGAGUCUCACCGGCAUGAUGAUGGAGACUGGGACCCAGAGACAGGAAGCGCCAGAGCUGAUGUGUCCCCAACACGAGGAGAAGCUGAAGCUGUUCUGUGAGACGGACCAUCAACUGGUGUGUUUGGUCUGCAGGGACGGAAGCAGCCAUGAAGGACACAAGUUCAGACCUGUUGAAGAGAUGGCACAAAGCUGCAAGGGUGUGUUGAGUGGAGCAGUGGCCUUCCUGUCUAAAGAAAAUGAUAACCUGGACCACAUGAUCAGUCUGCAGACUGCUGAGAUCCAAAAAACAAAGACGGAGUCCAGAAAGUUGUCAGUGCAGAUAUCCGCUCAGUUUGAGCAGCUGCACCAGCUCCUCAGACAGAAGGAGCAGGAGGUGAAGACGCACUUGCAGCAGGAGGAGAAGAGAGUGCUGGAGCUGAUGCAGAAGAACCUGUCCAAGAUGAAGGAGAUCUACACUAAGGAGAAGAACACAGAGGGGAUGCUGAAGUCGAGUCUGAAUAGCAGUCAGCCCAUCACGUUCCUUCAGUGGUGGACUUCAGUGGGAUGUGACCUGGUUGAGAAGAUGCUGGUGCAUGAUGAGGCAUCUGCUGAAGGAACCGGCAGCGCGACAGAUCAUCAGUUCUCAUCCAAGAUGGCAGACUUGAGUGUGUCCAGUGACUUCCUCUCUCUGGGUCCUUAUGAGACACAUCUCCUCUUCUUUGCGUGCAAGGACCUACUUACAAAAAUCCAACCAGUGCCCCAUGAUGAUGUCAUCACUCUGUGGGACGAGGCGUAUGCCAAGGUGGCACGCAGUGGCCGCUCCAUCCAGAGGGUGGACAGGAAGGGUUUAUUUGGCCUGUACCGGGACUACAGGCCGCUGGCCAGUGGCAACACUGCAUACUGGGGCGGCCAGCACUACUGGGAAGUGGAGGUGGGCAGGAAGCUGGACUGGGGCGUUGGGGUGUGUGUGGAGGCGUCACCUGGCAAGCUGCAGGAGCAGGUUAUGCUGUACCUAAAGCAUGGCAGGGGCUACAGUGUGGUAGCUGGGGGGCAGGAGACCCCCCUGAUCAUGUGGCUUCGGCCGUGGCAAUUGGGUGUGUAUCUGGACUGUGAUGAAGGCCGGGUGUCGUUCUAUGAGGCCGACAGCCUGAUUCUGUUCCACACUGCAGAGUGUGGUAAAGGUGUGCCCCUCUCUCUGUGCCUUUCUCCUGGGACCCAUCUAGAUGGGGGAGACUAUGAUGCCCUUAGAGUGUGCAGCUAUCAGCCCCACGAGGCCUCAGUGAUCUGGAGUUCUCUGAGUUCUCUUCAAGCCCCAAGGUUUUUGGUAUUUUGA